AUGCACGCCGCGCAGGCGAAGAACCGAAAGCCGGAGCAGCAGGGCGCCUUCUCGUCUGGCAGCUCGCCCGCGAAGGCGUCCGGCGGCUGGCUUAAGCCGAUCGCGUCCACGGGCACCAAGCCCAAGGACGGCGGCGGCCCGCGGACGACGGCGGCGGACAAGCGCAAGGUGCAGGAGACGCACCGCCCGGCGUCGGCCAAGGCCGAGAAGAAGCCGCGCGCGGCGCCGAAGCCGGCGGCGGCGCCGCUCAAAUUCACCAACGUGUCCGCCGCCGAGACCAAGCCCAAGGCGCCCAAGGCGCCCAAGCCGGCGAAGAACUACCCCGACUUCGACGACGACGACGACGCGCCGCCGGCGUCGCCCGGGAAGCCGUCGAAGCGCGAGGCGGACGAGCGCGCCAAGCUGCUCGCGGGCGACGACUCCGACGACGACGACCUCCUCGGCGCCGCGAAGCCCGAGAAGUCGAGCGCGGACGUCCUCGCCGAGCUCCGCGGCGACUCCGACGACGACGCCGACCUCCUCGGCGACACGAAGCCGGAGAAGUCGAACGCGGACGUGCUCGCCGAGCUCGGCGGCGACUCGGACGGCGACGACGUCCUCGGCGAGACGCCCCCCGCGGCGGCGGCGUCCGACAGCGAGGAGGACUCCGACGAUGUCGACGCGCUGAUGGAGCGGAAGCAGAAAAAGAAAGUGGAGAAGAAGCGCAACGCGUCGCCGCCGCCGAAGAAGAAGCCGGCGGCGAAGAAGAAGCCGGCGGCGGCCGCGUCGGACGACGACGACGACGACUACGAGGAGGCGAGCCCGCGGUCGCCGCGGAAGAAGGCCGCGAGGAAGGACGGCAAGCGGAAGUCCGGUGGCGCCGGCGCGCCCGCGAAGAAGAAGCCCAAGGCGCCGUCGAGCUCGUCGGGCAGCGACUCCGAGGAGCCGCUCGACGACUUCUUCUGGAAGGAGCGCGACGGCGAGAAGGUGACGGGCACGAGGCGCAUGGCCGCCGUCGCCGCGCCGUCGCGCGAGUGCCCGCACGCGGCCGUCGCGCCCGCGGCGCUCGCGUCGAUCGAGAAGUACGCCGUGCCGUCGUUGGCCCUCGUCUGGGUCAAGGUCGGGCGGAGCUUCUACUACGACGGCCGCAAGCAGUCCGGCGACCAGCGGCCGGGCUACGUGCUGCCGGCCGCGGAGCUCGAGGACCUGGGCAUCCCCAAGCCCGUCGGCGGCGAGCACAUGCGCGUCGUCCGCCUCUUCGACGACCACGCCUUCGUGCCCUGGGACGGCCCCAAGGCCGUGCGCGCGUCGGAGACGAGGGACUUCGGGAGCGGCCGGUCGUCGAACUACUGGGAGAAGGGCAAGGUCCGGACCCUCGAGAAGGACUGCGCGCCCGUCGAGUUCACGCACGUCUUCACCCUCGGCGCCGAGGCCGCCCUCCGCCUCGCCUUCGAGCACGACCGGGCCCAGGGCGUCACGGCGAAGAUCCGGCGCCGCGACCGCGUCCAGGAGGCCGACGAGCGGCCGCAGCGGCGGAACCCGCGCGGCGAGCUCGAGGAGUACGGCGACGCGGACCGCGCCUACGACGCCGUGCGCGCGCACCUGCUCGACGCGGCGCUCGGCGCCGGCGCGGACCGCGCGCGCGCGGCGGAGCUCGUCGAUCUCCUCGUCGACGCGGACCUCUUCUCGUCGUCGCUCGCGGCGAAGGUCCUCGACGACGCCGCCGGCCUGCCCCUGUCCGCGCUCCAGGCGGCCCUCGACGACCCGCCGGCGGCCCUCGACGCCGACAUCGUCGCGGCCUGCGCGAAGUCGCUCGGCGACGUCGUCGACGGCACGCUCGUCGCGCGGAUCCAGUGCGCGGAGCGCGCGGGCCGGCCCCAGCAGUAA